GUAGGCGAAGGUUGUGUAACUCCACAAUUCAAUCAUUGAAAUGCAUAUCAACAUGUUUCCGUCUAAAAAUACACCCUUUGACUAUGAGGCCGAUCAGAGGUUCUGGCCAAAACUAGAAGGAAGUGCAGUAGAUGCUAUGCAGUUCCAGCAAUCACCACUCCGUCCAACACCACUUCACAGGUUGUCAAGCUCCACAGACUCCACUUCACCCGAGUCUUAUGAUAACUCUUGCGUUUCCUCCGAGUAUAGCUUCAGAAUGUACGAACCAAGGAGGAUGUCGAUAAGCUCAUGUGAAUACAAUCCAAUUCUCGACAUGACAGAGCCUAAAUCAAUUUAUGACACGCCGUAUACCAUCCGUCAACGCCCCAUACUGGGAAGAAAGAUUUUACCGGAAAGGCAGUGCAAUUCAAGUGAAGAUCAACUGUGGCAGAUACCGGAACCCAGCAGGAAUUAUGAAUUAUUUCCAGUUGAAAAAAUGUUUGACCUAACUCCACCGAGAAACCCUACACCACUAAGCAGCAUGUUGAAUACUCCACCACCACAAACUAUAAGAAACGCACCAAAAGCUUCACCGAUAAUGAAUCCAAUCAACUUUGACAGGCCAGCAUCUUCAAUAGGUUUAGGGGAGACAAAAAUAUGUUCGUUUUGUAAAAAAAAUGGUGAGCGACCAAAGGUUUACAUGACUCAUUGGGUAAAGGAAAAGGUCGGAAACAAAUUUAUCGUAACCUGCCCUGUUUUGAGGUCCCAUGUAUGUUCUCAGUGUGGCGAGAGUGGAGAUAAAGCUCAUACAAUAACUUACUGCCCGGUACUACGAACCACUAAUAACGGAAAGCCGUUACAGUCAACAACCAUCACUUUGAAGAAUACACGCGUUCUUAGCAAUGGUAGGAAACGAUAUUAAAAGUAUGUAACAGUAUUAAAAACUGAUUUUCACAGACUAUUAACUAGAUUACAUAAAAACAUAAUUUUAAUCUAUUUGAUUGACUGAAACAGAAUUUUAUACAUAUAAGGAUUAUGAUAUUAUAUUGAUAUGUUAAUUAUUGUUUUUGCAUAUUAUAAUUACCAUGCAAUUUUAAAACAUUCACAAAGCAAAGAUCAAACCUGAGUUGUAAGUUUUAAUCUUCUUUUAAUUGUGUUCAUUGUAAAUUCUUAUCUUCUUCUCAGGCCAGUCCAAUGUUAUUGACCAAACAAGACCAUGUUAAUCACCUUUC